AUGGGAGGAGAAAACCAAACAGUUCUGUCUGAAUUCAUCAUCUUGGGAUUUUCCAACCUAAAUGAUUUCCAAUUUUUACUCUUCACCAUUUUUCUUAUAAUCUAUCUCUGUACCCUAGGAGGAAAUAUAUUCAUUAUUGUGAUAACAUUGGCUGAUUCUCGACUACACACUCCCAUGUAUUUUUUUCUAAGGAAUCUGGCCUUUCUUGACAUCUGUUACACCACCACCAAUGUCCCCCAGAUGAUGGUGCAUCUUCUAUCCGAAAGGAAAAGUAUUUCUUAUGGGGGCUGUGUGGUCCAACUCUCUGCAUUCCUUUUCUUUGUGGGGGUAGAAUGUCUUUUGCUUGCAGCAAUGGCCUAUGACCGAUACACUGCUAUCUGUAAGCCUUUAAGAUAUCCAGUCAUCAUGAACAAGGCUUUGUGCAGCUGGUUAGCAGCCACCUGCUGGGUUUGUGGUUUCCUCAACUCAGUGGUGCACACAGUUCUAACCUUCCGCCUGCCCUUCUGUGGAAACAAUCAGAUUAAUUAUUUCUUCUGUGAUAUCCCCCCUCUGCUGAUCUUGUCUUGUGGAGAUACGUCCAUCAAUGAAUUGGUGUUACUUGUCAUUGGGGUCUUCAUCGGGUGGGCUCCUUUCCUGGGUAUCAUCCUUUCCUACCUGUGCAUCAUCUCUACCAUCUUGAGAAUUCACUCUUCAGAGGGGAGGCAGAAGGCCUUUUCUACAUGUGCUUCCCAUCUGCUCAUUGUCCUUCUCUACUAUGGCAGCUCCAUCUUCACAUAUGUGCGGCCCAUCUCCACUUAUUCAUUGGCAAAAGACCGGCUCAUCUCAGUAUUGUACAGCAUCGUUACCCCAAUGCUAAACCCACUGAUCUACACGUUGAGGAAUAAGGACAUCAGAAAUGCCCUGAGGGCUGUAGGAGAGAAAACCGCAACCUUCAAAUUUUAUUUGUCUUGA